AUGAACAUCUACCUCUUCUUGGGCUCCUUCCACAAAGAGCAAGUUUCCACAACAGGGGUGAACACUGCCAAUCAGCUGAGAAACAGCCCAACAGACACAAAUACCAUCCAGGAGAAAGAAACCCUGUUCACGUCUCCAAGGCAGUCUGUGUCUCUUCUCUAUGAAAAACCCUUAAGAACACACAAGACAACUAAGCAACAGGAAUACCAGGGUGGAGAUCUUGAGUGCCAGUCCAGUAGAGAGGCUGUCUCCCAAGAUACACUUGUGCUGGCUCUCAGCUCUCACACCUACCACAGCACUGGACUUGGCUCCCAGGAGAUGACAUCACUUACUGAGAAGCUGCUACUGUUCUGCUUCAGGUCAAGACAAUGCCAAGGAGACAAAAAAAGAAACCAGUCUGGCAAGAAUGUGAUGGUGAAGCCCCACUGGCAUGAGGGUGUCUUCAUUCGUCAUGGAAAGGAAAAUGCUCUUGUCAUCAAGAAUCGGGUCCCUGGUAAAUCAGUGUAUGGGGAGAAGAGAGUCUCUAUUGCUGAGGGACAUGACAAAAUUGAGAACCGAGCCUGGAACCCCUUCCGCUCCCAGCUGGCAACAGUUAUCCUGGGCAGUGUGGACCAGAUCUACAUCAAGCCAGAGGCCAAGGUUCUCUACUUUGGGGCAGCCACAGGCACCACUGUCUCCCACAUCUCUGACAUUGUGGGCCAGGACAGCCUGGUGUAUGCAGUAGAGUUUUCCCACCACUCUGGCCAUGACCUUAUUAACCUGGCAAAGAAGAGGACCAGCAUUAUUCCUGUGACUGAGGAUGCCCGGCACCCACACAAAUACUGCAUGCUCAUUGCAACAGUAGAUAUGAUCUUUGCUGACACGGCCCGGCCUGACCAAGCCCAGACUGUAGCUGCGAAUGCUCAUACCUUCCUGCGUAAUAAAGGACACUUUGUGAUUUCCAUUAAGGCAAACUCCACAGCCUAUGCAGAGGCCGUGUUUGCCUCAGAAGUGAAGACAACGCUGCAGGAGAUCAUGAAACGGCUAGAGUCCUAUGAGCGAGUGAGGCCAGGUCGUGGAGGUACAUACAGGCCGCCUCCGAAGGUGAAGAGCUGA